UCCACGCUCCCACUUUCAGAUCCGUCGGAUGGAGGAAAAUCUCUCGGCUAAGAUCUCUCCGAACAGACGUCGUCUUAUUUGCUCGCUGUAACGUUAGUGUCCCGCUCUUUUCUGUUUUCUCCCUCUGAAAGCCGAAGAAACUUGCUGUGUGUGUGUGUCUCUCUCUCUCAAUUGCUCGUAGACGCAAUGCAAGAGCAAGCAACGAGUUCCAUUGCGGCGAAUUCUCUGCCUUCAAGCAGCGAAAGAUCUUCGAGCUCCGCUCUUCAACCUGAAGUCAAAGAAGGUUUGGAGAGUGAUGAGGAGAUCAGGAGAGUACCAGAGAUAGGUGGUGAAUCUGCGGGGACCUCAGCCUCGAGACGAGACAGCGGUUCAGGGGCAGGUCCAGACCGACUUCAAGUGGCAGGGGAAGGUCAGAGGAAGAGAGGCCGAAGUCCAGCUGACAAAGAAAGCAAGCGUCUAAAGAGGUUGCUGAGGAACAGAGUUUCGGCUCAGCAAGCAAGGGAAAGAAAGAAGGCAUACUUGACUGACCUGGAAACGAGGGUGAAAGAGUUGGAGAAGAAAAACUCUGAGCUUGAAGAGAGGCUGUCCACCUUGCAGAACGAGAAUCAGAUGCUUAGACAUAUAUUGAAGAACACGACAGCAAGCAGGAAAGGAGGAAGUAAUGGUGCUAAUGCCAAUGAUGGGUCUUUAUGAGACAGAUAACGAGUGUAGGGUUUGUAAGAUUAAUAUAUAGAGAGGAUGUGAGAGUACUAAUAAUUUAGGUACAUAGGGAAGUAUCAGGACAGAGAAUCUUGACAUGCUUAAUCCUAGAUUAGUGUUUUCCCAAGGAUUUCUUCAUCUUGUAUUUCGUUCUCGUACUAAUAAUCUCCAAUGUGCAAUGCCGGUUGCGAGGAUUGUGAUGAUCAUAUCUGGCUACUUGCUAUGCCAGCAACAGUGGUGGCUGAUCAGUGACUAUGGUUAUGGUGCCAGUGGUGGAAGUGGUGGUGACGGUGCAGUGUUGAUGGAGGCUGUGCAAUAGGUUCUGUCGGGGCUCAUACCGCCUUGUGGAUGAAUAGUUUACUUAUGUAAGCAUCUUUGGAGAUUAUUGUAUUAUCCUUGGAAUCCAUAUGGUUAAGAUGGUUGUGUCAAUUGAAGAAUUUCUGUCCUCUGCA